AUGGCUCGCAAAAAGUCCAACCGUUCUGUCAAGGCUUCAAGCCAGCACACACAAAUCAAACCGAUCGAUGAAACCACCAACCAUGAUGGCCCAGCUCGACCCAAUACAGACCUCAUGAACCCCGAACCUAGAGGACGCCAGUUCCCCCAGUUCUGCGAACUUCCUUACGACAUUCGCGCAAUGAUCUGGGAAGAAAUUCUCGCCACCCAGCGCAUCCUACGUGUCUCCCUCGAGAAGCGCGAGACGUCUACGCGAAACAAGUACCAGCGCAAGAAGGUCACCAAAGCCAAGAACAAGAAAUCGUCAAACGCCGAGGCAGAAACAGACCUAGACACCGUCCCCGAGAAGCCUUAUCGCGUCGUCGUGGAAGAACGUUAUGUCAUUAGCAAGCUCUUUCACGUCUGUAGCGAAUCGCGCCACGCCGCCGAGACAUUCUACCGUGUCAAGGUGCCCUGUACUUAUAGAUGGGGGAAGAAGACGCAAGACGGGACAUUUUAUUUUCGGCCAGAAUUCGACAACAUCCAAGUCGGUGUUUCAGAAUAUGUUUCCGACUUUGCCUUUAAUCUUUGGCAACUCGAUCCACGAUACGUCGGCUUGAUCAACAUCACACUCCCAUGGCAGCCCGAUCACCAAAAGGUCAUGAAAAUGGAAGACAAGGAGAAGGAUAUCCUGAGGGGAGUUCUUCUACGGUUGCAAAAUGUCUCUUUCGCCCACAUGCAGGAGAAACCAAGGGCUCCUCCACCUCCUGUGCGUACUCUUGCAUAUGUCCACUCCACGCAAAUGGCCGCCAACGCCACAAACAAUAACAACGGAGAGCCUAGGAGGCCCAGUCCACGAACAGGGUGGGAACCAGAUUGUACCGGACCCAUUUCCACCUGUAUUCCAAGCUUCGAGUGUCUACCUGCGGAUCCAAGAAAGUUGGGCAACGACCACACUCGACCCUACUUCUCUUUCAAAAACCUCAUACACUCAACCCUUGGCUGGUUCCGUCUCCUUGAGUCGCUUGAAGCUGUCCACGAGCACGAAGUAAAUUAUCGCUUCAUGUUGAGCUACGAAACGACUGGCAGGAACAUAGCUACGCGAGAGCAGGCUGUCUCUUGGGUACAGAGUCAACGGAAGAACUUUAAGGCUCGUGCUGUGAGCGAAGGUUUGGAGCAUGGAGAGUGGGUUCAGCCAGCGAUGGGAUUCUGGCUGUACCCGAUUGGGUGUGUCAAGUCGUUUGUUAAUGAUGAUGGAACUUUGAAGACGGCAAAAGAUGUUUUAAAUGGCGCGGAGCUUGAGGAGAUCAUGAGCAGUUGCGUUCCGGAGCUUUGCUUAAGUAGGUUGGCUUAA